CGUUCCAGACGGCCGCAGGAGUGCAUCUGAAAGCGCCGCGCGAUGCGGCGACCGUCUGCGAGAAAGACUGGAGCCCUUUAGCAACGUGAACCUCUAUACGGGAUCAACGUGCAAAAUAUAAAUCUUGAUUUGAAGCUUUCGUGACUGCAGGAAUCCACGAUUGCUUGUGUUGCGAUCGAAACGUCGUGAUCUAUUCAUUUUCUACCUAUGUGACUUUUACCGAAAUAACCAAAGAGUACAAAAUCUAAAUGUUAACGUUGGAUUAAUGGUUCACGAUAUAUAUGAACCGUGAUGGACGAAACAACGCGUGUUACACACUUCGCGCUGCAGAUCAAGUUAAUUUUCGUUGAAGUUAGACGAGUCUUCUCUGUGAGUGAACGCCAGUUUGAAACGCCGUGCCGUGUUUGGCACAGAGGGCGCAUUCCAAAUUCCAGCGGCUGAAACUGACCCGAAGAGUUGAACACAUCCCUUUGUCUCGCAUAAUUUCAUUUCAAUGCUCGGCUUCUUUGGAGCCACAUGAUUGCAGACGCACGAGUCACGGCAGUCAUGUGCCCGGUAUGAAUGUAGACUUCACAUGAACAGUGAAGAGGGUACACAGGCCCCGUUUGUGCACUCAAUGUCCCCCCCACAUCGAUUCGGUGUCACACGAGUGUGGCUGCUGGUGGUGUCUUCUGCUAUCACUGUCAACAACUUAACCAGCAUUUCUUAUUUUAUUUACGCACAACUUGCGACGGCGACUGAUGCUUCGGCGUGAAGCCGCAUUGGUGUCCGUGUGAUCCACGCGUCGUGCGCUCACGAGAGCGUCAACCGCGUGUCUCGUGGCAAUUGGGACCAAGGCACGAGGCGGUGAUUUCAUCACUCGUCUAUUGCUUCUGAACCGAAAUGGAAAAAAUCAAGAGAAAUAUCACCUCUCGGCUGAGCCGCAUCAAUUUGAAGAGAGAACCCCAGGCAUGUGAAGAGCUGUGGGAGUCGAAGACGCUGCCCCGGAGAGGGCCCCGCGGGGGCGCGGGGGCGCGGCCGGGCCCGCAGGAGGGAGACCCCGCGGCCCUGCGCCACCACUCGGUGGCGGUACCACGGGCCUCAGGGCCCUCCUCCUGUCUAGACCCCCUCCUGCUGCUGCACGAUUGUGAACCCAGCACCUCCAAGGCCCUUGAGCAUGUGGCGGGAGUCAAUACGUCAAGCAACGCGCAGCAUCCCCACGUUGGCCCGCCGCCACCUCGCAAGUUUGGUGGCGAGGCGCUCUACGUGAGGCUGCAGAAAAUUGGACAGGGCUCGUAUGCCACCGUGUUCAAGGGCAUCAGCCGUGUGACGUGGCAGUUCGUGGCUCUCAAGGUGGUGUACAUACACGAGGAAGAAGGGGCUCCCUUCAACACCAUCCGUGAGGUGUCCCUACUAAAGACUCUGAAGCACGCCAACAUCGUGCUGCUCCAUGACAUCGUCUACACCCAACACGCGCUCACGCUCGUCUUCGAGUACCUGGAGACUGACUUGCACCAGUACAUGGAAAGGCACCCAGGGGGCCUCAACGCGCACAACGUGAAGCUGUUCCUGCUGCAGCUGCUGCGCGGGCUGGCGUACACGCAUUCGCGGGGCAUCCUGCAUCGCGACGUGAAGCCACACAACCUGCUGCUCGGCGUGUCCGGGGAGCUCAAACUUGCCGACUUUGGGAUGGCAAGGGCACAGUCGGUGCCCAGCCGCUCCUACUCGAGCGAGGUGGCGACGCUGUGGUACCGCCCGCCCGACGUGCUGCUCGGCUCCACGCGAUACUCCUCCGGCCUCGACAUGUGGGCUGUCGGUUGUAUCUUUGUGGAGAUGCUGCAGGGCAUGGUGAUCUUCCCCGGGGUGCCGGGCGUCUGGGAUCAGCUGGAGCGCGUGUGGCAGGUGCUUGGGACACCAAAUGAAGAAGAAUGGCCAGAAGUGACAUCUCUGCCGCUCUACAAGCCAGAAGGCAUUGUGCCUAAAAAUCCGCGGCAGCUGGGAAGAGUGUGGAGAAUGCUGGGCUGUGACCCGCACGCAGAGGACCUGGCUCGGAGUUUGCUGCAGUGCUGCCCGAGCAGAAGGCUUCCUGCCCACGCAGCGCUGAGGCACUCCUACUUCAGCGACCUCCCUCCCCGCGUGCGCGCUCUACCUGACGCGCUGUCGGUGUUCAGCGUGGAAUCUGUGGCGCUGCUGCCAGAGGGGACGGCGCAUCCCUCGGCGCACUGCAACCCCGACAGCUCCUGGAAGCCCAGCAAAUGGCGGCGGUAGCCGCAGCAGCAAUGCUGAGAAGCACGUCGUUGCCACGGCACUCGUGGUGGGCACCGCGGUGGCUCGGAGAUGUUAACUACCUCGCCCGGUAUACAGGAGGCCAUGGGUUCGAUGCCGGCCCUGACGAUGCCUCUAUAUUUGUAGUUCGCACGUUCUCCCCGUGGUCGCGUGGAUUUUUCUCCGGGUCCUCCGGUUUUUCCCUCCACAUUAAGAAACAUGAUAUUGGAGUAUUGGCUGCUAUACAUUACCACGCUAUAAGCCACUUCGUUGAGCUAUCAUUUGCGGCCAUGUCGCUUCUGAAAAAGUGCUAUACAGCUCAGUGGGCCUUACCUGGUAAAACAAAUUCAGUGUGGGAGAGCAUGAGUUUUCAUGCAUUGCCUUCGGGUGAGUUCACAUUGGAUGACAUCAGUGUAGUAAUUUCAACAUUAACUCUGUUAUAUUCUGUUAUGCGGCAAUAUGUUCAAGAGCUUAAUGCCAAUGUCGAGGUCUGUUAGCUACGAGAGGGCUUCAGGAGAGCAUUGCAUGGCAGUCACUUUUAUAUAUGUGUAAAAUAAUGACGGUGCUAGCAUCGACGAGCCUUGAGUUGAGACCAGUGUUCGUAAUUAUCUUGCCACUGUGUUCACCGGCGAGGUGUUCACCCUGAAAGUUCGGUUGUUGAGCAUUGCGUAGAUUAGGUGAACAGUACAACGGCCUCUGAUGAUAUUGACCAUCUGCUAGCAGCAGGCCAUGAUGCCAAACGGUGUCAUAGGCAGCACAGAGGUCAACCAUUUGCUGUGACGGUUUUCUGCUGACGCUGGAAACUGGCUUCUAUGAUGGUGGUGAAGGCAACUAUCUGUCCGCAGCAGCUACAGACAGUUUGAAACCCGGCUCAUUCAGAAGGCAGUGUAUGAUCGAUAAUGGGGGGGGGGG